CUGCAGGCUCAUAAACAAUCCUCAGCUGUAUUGUUCUCUUUUCGAAGACACUAUCCUGUUCACUACCAAGGAAAGAGAGACAGUAUUCAAUUUGAGCAAUUCCACGGACGAUAAAUUGUUAAAUGGCAAGCGAGGGCAAUAAGCUGUGGGGUGGGCGUUUUUCUGGUGAUGUUGAUCCAGAGAUGAAUAAAUUCAACGCCUCCAUUGGAUUUGAUAAAAGAAUGUGGAAAGAAGACAUUAUGGGAAGUGAAGCAUAUGUUAAAGCAAUAGAGAAAGUUGGCUUAGUAACCAAGAAUGAAAUGGAAGAAAUCCUAAGUGGCUUAGGCAAGGUCAGAGAUGAAUGGUCAAAUGGAAUCUUUGACCUUCAACCAUCAGAUGAAGACAUCCAUACAGCAAAUGAAAGAAGAUUAAAGGAAAUUAUCGGAAGUGUUGGUGGUAAACUUCAUACUGGCAGGAGCAGAAAUGACCAGGCUCAAGUGGAUGCAAGAUUGUGGCUUAAAACUGAGAUCAAGACUCUUCAAACCCUGUUGUUUGAGCUGAUUAAAGCCUUUCUAGUAAGAGCUAAAGUAGAAAUUGACUUUCUGAUGCCGGGAUAUACUCAUCUGCAGCGGGCUCAACCAAUAAGAUGGAGUCACUGGCUUUUGAGUUAUGCUUGGGCACUGAAGAGAGAUUAUGAUCGCUUGGAAGAGGUCUCUAAACGAGUUGACGUCAACCCUCUUGGAAGUGGUGCCAUUGCAGGGAAUCCUUUCAAUAUUGACCGUCAGCUUCUUUCCAAAGAGUUAAAUUUCUCCGCCGUGACAGGGAACAGUAUGGAUGCAGUAGGGGACAGAGACUAUAUUGUAGAAUUUCUCUUCUGGGCUUCGCUCUUGUCAACACAUCUCAGUCGCUGGGCAGAGGACAUGAUUCUAUACUCAACCAAAGAGUUUGGGUUUAUGUCAUUAUCUGAUGCUUACAGCACUGGGAGCAGUUUAAUGCCUCAAAAGAAAAAUGCAGACAGUUUAGAAUUAAUUCGAGGGAAGUCAGGACGAAUCUUUGGCCGAUGUGCAGGCAUGCAGAUGACCUUGAAGGGUAUCCCAAGUACCUACAACAAAGACUUACAGGAAGACAAGGAACCAUUGUUUGAUGUGUGUGACACAUUACGUGGUUUACUUCAAGUAGCUACUGGAACCUUACUCACACUCAAGAUACACAAAGACAAGAUGUUGGCUGCACUGAGUCCAGAUAUGCUGGCCACAGACCUGGCUUAUUACCUUGUGCGGAAAGGGGUUCCCUUCCGUGAGGCUCACAGUUUGUCCGGUGAGGCAGUUCAGGCUGCGGAAACCAAAGGCUGUCUUCUGAAUGAACUCACUUUGAAUGACUUGAAGCAAAUCAGCCCACUGUUUGAGGAAGAUGUUAAUGAAGUGUGGGACUAUGAACACAGUGUGGAACAAUAUUCAGCUGAGGGAGGAACUGCUAAGAGCUCUGUCGAGGGACAAAUUUACAAACUACAACAAUGGAUGGAUUAUUAUGGAGAGAAUCAACUUACAGCAGAAUGAUACUUGAGUCACAAGCGUUAUUGACAAGAUGAAGCUCUCUUUUCUUGGAGUGGAAAAAAAAAAAGAAAGCUGACUAGAUACGUGAAAAAUAGAAACUUAAAACAAAAAACAAACAAACAAA